CCAUUAGAACCAGGACCUGGACCAGCAGAACCAGGACCGGGACCAGAACUACAACUACAGGAACCAGGUCCAGGACCAGGACCAGCAGAACCCAGACUGGAACCAGAACCAGGUCCAGAACCAGGUCCAGGUCCAGGAUGUGGCUCCACCCGGAGGAAGUCCUCCUGGCCGGGCCCCUGUGGGUUUCUGAACGGGCCAACCCGUUCUUCCUGCUGCAGCGGAGGAGAGGCCACGGCCGGGGGGGCGGCCUGACCGGUCUCCUGGUCGGGACCCUGGACGUGGUCCUGGACUCCAGUGCCCGGGUGGCUCCGUACCGGAUCCUGCUGCAGACGGGAGACUCCCAGAUCUACUGGAACAUCGCCUCCGGCUCGUCCAGGAAGGAGAUCACGCAGCACUGGGAUUGGCUGGAAUCAAACCUCCUCCAAACCGUCUCCAUCUUCGACAGCGACGAAGACGUGACGACCUUCGUCAGGGGAAAGAUCUGUGGCCUGAUGGCCGAGGAGCAGCGGCUGCAACCCGACCCGGACCAGAACCAGGACAGCGGGAAGUUCCGGGAGGCCGAGCUGAAGAUGAGGAAACUGUUCGGGUUUCCAGACGAAGAAAAGCUCGUCAACUAUUAUUCCUGCAGUUUGUGGAAGGGAAGAGUUCCCCGUCAGGGCUGGAUGUACCUGUCAGUCAACCACCUGGGCUUCUACUCCCUGCUGCUGGGAAAAGAGGUGACCCUGGUGCUGCCCUGGACCGAGGUCACCCAGCUGGAGAAGAACUCCACCCUGGUUUUCCCAGAAUGCAUCAGGGUGUGCACCCGGCAGACGGAGCAUUUCUUCUCCAUGUUCCUGGACGUUAGCGACACCUUCAGGCUAGCGGAGCAGCUAGCUAACCUGGCUAUGAGGCAGCUAAUGGAGGGGGAGCGGUUCAACGCCGACCCGGCGCUGCCCAAGGGCUCCAGGAAGGACAACGUGUCAGUGCUGAAGAGGGACUUGGACGCCCGGGCCCGGAGUGAGUGGUACCGGUACCGGUUCCGUCUGGCCCAGGACGAGCGUUUGGACGGAACCACCGACUGCACCUUAUGGACGCCGUUCGCCAAGAAACACGUGGAGGGAACGAUGUUCAUCUCCAACAACUACAUCUGUUUCAGCAGUAGGGAGGAGGAUCUGCUGCAGCUGAUCAUCCCUCUGAGAGAGGUGUGGCUGGUGGAGAAGGCCGACAGCAGUCCCGUCCUGCCGAGUCCCGUCUCCAUCAGCACCAAGAACAAAACCAACUUCCUGUUCGCCAACCUGAAGGACCGGGACUUCCUGCUGCAGCGCAUCUCCGACUUCCUGCAGAGGACGCCGGACGGUUGCCGUGGCGACCCGCUGGUAGGUCCCGCCCCCCCGCUGGCCUCUGCAGGUCCAGACUCGUCUGCAGUACCGGACUCGGCCACCAGGGGGCGACACUACCACCCGGGUCUCCCCACCGCCACCCAGGGGCUGCUGCAGAUCCACCGCAGGAACCUGGAGAAGGACCUGGGCCCCGAGGGGGUGGAUGAGAGGAUGAAGGAGAGGGUGAAUGAGAGGAUGAAGGAGGAGGCCUGGAACAUCCACUUCUCUGAGUUCGGCCGGGGCGUCUGCAUGUACCGGACCUGCCGGACCCGAGACCUGGUCCUGGGGGGGAUCCCGGAGUCCCUGAGGGGGGAGCUGUGGCUGCUGUUCUCUGGGGCCCGGGACCAGCUGGACUCCCACCCCGGUUACUAUGGCGACCUGGUGGAGCGGUCCAUCGGCCGCUGCUCUUUGGCCACCGAGGAAAUCGAGCGGGAUCUUCACCGGUCGAUGCCGGAACACCGAGCCUUCCAGAACGAGACGGGCAUCGCGGCGCUGCGGCGCGUGCUAACAGCCUACGCUCACCGCAACCCGGGGAUCGGAUACUGCCAGGCCAUGAACAUCGUAGCCUCCGUGCUGCUCCUCUACUGCUCCGAGGACGAGGCGUUCUGGCUCCUGGUGGCUCUUUGUGAGCGGAUGCUGCCGGAUUAUUACAACACCCGGGUCACAGGGGCCCUGGUGGACCAAGGCGUCUUCGAGGACCUGACCCGGGUCUUCCUGCCGGUCUUGUGGGACCACAUGCAGGACUUGGGCGUGACCAGAACCAUCAGCCUGUCCUGGUUCCUGACCCUGUUCCUGUCCGCCGUCCCCUUCGACUCGGCCGUGCUGCUGCUGGACGCCUUCUUCUACGAGGGCAUCAAGGUCACCUUCCAGGUGGCGCUAGCGGUUCUCCACGACAACAUGGAGGCUCUGCUGUCCUGCAGCGACGAGGGAGAAGCCAUGACCGUCCUGGGGAGGUACCUGGACCACGUGGUGAACCCCCAGACGGUGGCUCCGCCCACCCCUCACCUGCACGCCCACCUGACCGCCGGAGCCCCGCCCCCCGCCGGAGCCCCGCCCCCCGGCGAGGCCACGCCCCCUCCGGAGGUGGACGUGUUCCAGCUCAUCAAGUUCUCCUACGAGAGAUUUGGUUCCCUACGUUCUGACGUCAUCGACCAGAUGAGGCUGAAACAGCGACUGAAGGUGAUCCAGUCCCUGGAGGACUCGGCCCAGCGGAGCGUGGUUCGGUCCGUCAUGACCGACUCGGCCUUCGGGAUCCAGGAGUUGGAGGAGCUGUACUGUCUCUUUAAGGCCCAGCACCGGACCAGCUGCUACUGGGGUUCUGGUUCUGACCCGGCCCAGCGGCACCACGACCCCAGCCUGCCGUACCUGGACCGGUACCGGGUGGACCCGGUCCAGUUCCUGACGCUGUUCCGGGUUCUGGCCCCCUGGACCUGCGGAGGCCACACCCCCUCGCUGGCGGCCCGGUUCUUCCGGGUCCUGGACCAGAACCAGGACGGCCUGGUCAGCUUCAAGGAGUUCAUCACGGGCCUGAGUGGGAUGUACCACGGAGACAUGACGGAGAAGCUGAAGCUGCUGUACAAGCUGCACCUGCCGCCAGCGCUGGUUCCUGAGGAGGCGGAGUCAGCUCUGGAGGCCACCACCUUCUUCACUGAGACUGAAGUCCCAGAAUCUUCCUUCGUCUCUGAUUCGGACUCUUUGCAGCAACAGGAAGUGACAUCAUCAGGUGAGGAGGGAGGAGACGGAGAGGAACGGAAAGAGGGGCGGGACUACCGGUACUACCUGAGGAUUUGGGCCAAUGAGAAGGAGCCGCGGCCGGAAACCAUCAAGGACCUGCCCCGGAUGAACCAGGAACAGUUCAUCGAGCUCUGCAAGACUCUCUACAACAUGUUUGGGGCGGAGCCGCAGGAGCAGCAGCUUUACCACGCUAUCGCUACCGUGGCUAGCUUACUGCUGCGGCUCGGCGAGGUCGGCAAGAAGUUCGGGAACGGGGGGAGGAGGCCCGAGGCCACGCCCCCUGCGGAGGCCACGCCCACCGGAGAGGCCACGCCCACAGGAGAAGCCACGCCCACACCAGAGGCCACGCCCACCGGGGAGGACCAGGUUUCUCAGGCUCUGGCCGAGGCUACGCUAGAGCCGGCGAUGGCUACCGAGGAAGGGGGCGGGGCCUCGGCCCAGGGGGGCGGGGCCUCGGCCCAGGGGGGCGGAGCCACUAAGGAGGGCGGAGUCCUGGAUGCCGAUUGGUCCGUGAGCUUCGAGCAGGUGCUAGCGUCGCUGCUAACGGAGCCGCCGCUCGUCGACUACUUCGAGAGGAAGCGCGACGUCCGGGACAAGAUGGCCGCCGGCGCGGACCCGCGCGUCCUGGAGCGCCAGACGAGCUCCGCCUCCGACUCGGACCUUACCCACAAUUCCCCCUGAU